AUGGGUGAUCUUCUAAACAGGGCUGGUAUGACUGAUUGCAAACCGCUCACCACUCCGGCUUCUAUUAUUAAAGCAGUCACUCCAUCUGAUGAAGUUUUUGAUAACCCCACUCAGUAUCGACGCUUAGCAGGGGCUCUCCAAUACUUAACUAUUACACGCCCUGAUCUCUCCUAUGCAGUGAACCGUCUAUACCAGUUUAUGCACGCUCCAACAGUUGAGCAUUGGGGUCUCUUAAAACGUGUGUUACGGUAUGUUAAGGGUACUUUGGAGUAUGGCCUUCGUCUAUCUAUCUCCCAGUCCUCUGACAUUCAUGCCUAUUCCGAUUCCGACUGGGCUGGUUGUCCGAUCGAUCGCAAGUCUACUAGCGGGUAUGCUGUUUUUCUUGGCAGCAACUUAAUCUCUUGGGUUUCACGUAAACAAUGCACUGUUGCUCGCUCUUCCACUGAGGCUGAAUACAAAGGGUUGGCAGACGUUGCAGCUGAAGUCACAUGGGUUGUGUCACUACUCCGUGAACUGGGUCUUCAUUCUCCGACUACACUAUGGUGUGAUAAUCUUGGUGCCACCUACUUGUGUGCUAAUCCUGUCUUUCAUGCUCGAACGAAGCAUGUUGAGAUUGACUUUCACUUUGUUCGUGACAAAGUAGCAUCCGGGGACUUUCUAGUCAAUUUUAUAUCCACCAAAGAUCAACUGGCUGAUAUCUUUUCAAAACCGCUUCCAUCUUCGCGCUUUGACGUUCUACGUGGCAAGCUUAAUGUUGUCUCCCUCCAACCUUCAGCUUGA